AUGGCCUCGCCAGGUCGGAAUCCCCAGCGAUCCCUGCAAUCAUGGCGUCUGCUCAGCGAGGGCUUCAAAUUGUUCGCCACUCGGCUGGCCAGGAAUCAGCAGCCUAUGCUCCCACCGAGGGAUGGGCAAGGACUCAGCUUGGAGGAGCAAAGGGACUUCACCGAGUCGCUAGGCGAUUGCAUCGCUGACAUGGCCUCGCCGAACAGUUUAGAGGUCUUCCAUCAAAUGACCGUCUCGACCGGGAUGUCCCAGAGACUGGCGGCCGCCCAGGAGCGCACCCAAGUGCUGGAGGAGCGCAACCGCAAGCUGAGAGAUCUGGCAAUGGACAAAUCGGACCUCUUCGAGUCGCGGGGCGUCAUGCUGUGCUCCAGGGUCUUUGACCUUAGUCAGGAGCUGAUCGUGACCAGGAUGCGGAUCAACGACUUCGAGAACGCCUGUACGCAGCUGCGAAGGCGCAUCCUAGAGCUGAAGCUGCGACGCGUCCAACGCCGACGGCAUCUCUGCUACGAGAUGCAGAUACUGCGACUGGCGCAGGAGCACCCGGUGCCCCCCAUCCUGGGGCGCCUCUGGCAGUGCCUUCGCUCCUUGUGGAACUGUGUGGAGUGCCUGGCGCAGGUGUCGGUGUCCCAAGUAGCCCGUCCUCCCCGAAAUGCGGAGAGUACUAUGGAUGCCCUCAAUAUGUUCGUGGCGGGCUUUUAGCAUGUCCCGUUUUGUCCUUCUAGAGAUUUACUAUUCGUAGCCGUGGUUAUCGAUAGCUAUUAAUUAUCGAGUAAAUCAAGUUUUGUUAUAUUUUAACGGAUACCCUUUCAGAUUAUAUUUCAGUAGAAUUGAAUAGAAUAUUUUUCAGUUAU